GUGGGGAGAUCGGUGGCGAUGGAGGAUGUGAGACCUAAAGGGCAAGGAAAUAAAGUUUCAGUACAAAACGGUUCGAUUCAUCAAAAAGAUGCUGUAAAUGAUGAUGAUUUUGAGCCAUACUUAAGGAGCCAGACAAAUCAGAAUAACAGCUAUCCACCAAUGUCAGAUCCAUACAUGCCUAGUUACUAUGCUCCAUCCAUUGGAUUUCCAUAUUCGCUUGGGAAAGCAGCAUGGUCCACAGCUGGAGACCAGCCUCUGCCAUAUCUGACAACCUAUGGACAGAUGAGUAAUGGAGAGCAUCAUUAUAUACCGGACGGUGUGUUUAGUCAGCCUGGGGCAUUAGGAAAUACCCCUCCAUUUCUUGGUCAACACGGAUUUAACUUUUUUCCUGGUAAUGCUGAUUUCUCUACAUGGGGGACAAGUGGAUCUCAGGGACAAUCAACACAAAGUUCUGCUUAUAGUAGCAGUUACGGUUAUCCACCUAGUUCUCUUGGGAGAGCUAUUACUGAUGGACAGGCUGGAUUUGGCAAUGAUACUUUGAGCAAGGUGCCUGGCAUUAGCAGUAUCGAGCAAGGCAUGACCGGACUGAAAAUUGGUGGUGACCUGACCGCUGCAGUGACGAAAACUGUAGGAACAGCAUUGAGCAGCAGUGGUAUGACCAGCAUCGCAACCAGUAGUGUGCCCCCGGUUAGCAGUGCGGCUCCGAAACCCAUCUCCUGGGCAGCCAUUGCCAGAAAGCCCGCCAAACCUCAACCGAAACUUAAACCCAAGGGCAAUGUGGGCAUCGGGGGUUCCGCUGUGCCGCCACCUCCUAUAAAACACAACAUGAAUAUUGGAACUUGGGAUGAAAAGGGGUCAGUGGUAAAGGCUCCAGCAACCCAACCAGUCCUGCCUCCUCAGACUAUAAUCCAGCAGCCUCAGCCAUUAAUUCAGCCACCACCCCUGGUGCAGAGCCAACUGCCUCAACCGCAGCCUCAGCCGCCACAAGCGCAGCAGCCACAAGGACCUCAGCCACAGGCCCAGCCUCACCAAGUGCAGCCCCCGCAGCCACAGCCGCAGCACCGCUGGGUGGCGCCCCGGAACAGGGGGGCCGGCUUCAACCAGAACAAUGGAGCGGGCAGUGAAAACUUUGGUCUAGGUGUCGUUCCUGUCAGCGCUUCCCCGUCGAGUGUGGAAGUGCAUCCCGUGCUGGAAAAGCUAAAGGCCAUAAACAACUACAAUCCCAAAGACUCUGACUGGAACCUGAAGAACGGACGUGUGUUUAUAAUUAAGAGCUAUUCUGAGGACGACAUACACCGUUCCAUUAAGUACUCUAUCUGGUGUAGUACUGAGCAUGGGAAUAAGCGUUUGGAUGCGGCUUACCGUUCCCUGAAUGGGAAAGGCCCACUCUAUCUGCUCUUUAGUGUGAAUGGCAGUGGCCACUUCUGUGGAGUGGCUGAGAUGAAGUCUGUUGUGGACUAUAAUGCGUAUGCUGGUGUCUGGUCUCAGCAUAAGUGGAAGGGCAAAUUUGAAGUUAAAUGGAUCUUUGUCAAAGAUGUCCCCAAUAACCAAUUACGGCAUAUUCGCUUAGAAAAUAAUGACAACAAGCCAGUUACCAAUUCAAGGGACACUCAAGUGGUACCCCUAGAAAAAGCUAAGCAAGUGCUUAAAAUAAUUGCUACUUUCAAGCAUACCACCUCAAUCUUUGAUGACUUCGCACAUUAUGAAAAGCGUCAAGAAGAGGAAGCCAUGCGAGACCAGGGCCCUCAGGACCCUCCUGCCUCCUGCUCCACCCAGUUUGUACAGAGUCAGGGCUCAGGGCUGUGA